AUAUCGUAGAAUCCGUUUGAAAGCUUCUCCUAGCAAUACGGAAGCAGCUGAAGUGUAUAUAGUGAUUCGAGGGGAAAACACCACUUGAUAUGAGGUGACAAUCGGAUGUAAUAUUGUUUUGUUUCUACAAUUAUUUCAUGGAUAAAUACCUGCCAUUAUGAAUGCGGCAGAGAAGGCAAAGGAGAGACAGCGGCUCUCAACUCUUAUUACCCAGUGGAAUCAGGACCACUACGAUCUAUUUGAACUAAGCCAACCAAACGAGGAGUGUGAAUUCCAUGGUGUUGUCCGCUUUUACUUCCAAGAUGGGGCCAAUGUUGUCACCAAGUGUAUCCGUGUGGCUUCCUCGGCCACGGCCGGAGAGGUCAUCGAGGUCCUGGUGGAGAAGUUUCGACCGGACAUGCGCAUGCUGACCACCAAUAAAUAUUCUCUGUUCGAGGUUCACGCUAAUGGAGAGGACCGGCGGAUAGCAUUUGAUGAAAGAAUCCUGUAUGUUCAGCUUACCUGGGGAAAGGAUGUUCGUGAGGGCCGCUUCCUUAUGCGACGUGAGGGUGCAGAGGUCAUUGUCCCGGAGGAGAAACAGCAGUUCAAGCGAAAUCUUUCGAAACGGGAGAAGAAGGAGAAGAAGAAACAAGAUAAACAGAACAGAGGAAAGGAGAACAAGGGGGCAGCAGAAAAACUAUAUUCUGAUAUGCCGGAGACCAAGUUUACCAGGAGUAUAUCCAAUCCUGAUGCUGUGAUGCGUCGUCGACGGCAACAGAAAGUUGAGAAAAAAUUACAGCAGUGUCGGGACAAACAUGGACAAGGUGGUACCCUGAAGAUCUAUGGCGAUACUCUCAAACCUGACAUUCCCUACAAGACGUUACUGCUAUCCACCAGUGAUACUGUGGCUGGCAUCGUCAAGGAAGCCAUGGAGAAAUAUGGACUAGAGAAUGAGGAGACAGAGGAUUUCUGCCUCGUACAGGUGAUUGUGCCCCCAGGGGAACAGGAGUACCACGGCGGAUCGAUGGGGGAGGAGAGGAUCAUGGACGACACUGAAUGCCCUCUAUUUAUUGCCAUGGAGUUUCCACCAGCUAGAGGUACUGUACUGUUCCAACUGAAACGCCGAUCUUCUGACCAGAUAUCGACAAAACACAAGAAGCUUCGUGCUGUGUCACACGACGACCUUCGCAGUCACCCUAGAGAUGAACCUGACACAAUGCCACAGAAUAAACUCCCGUACCUGAUAGAGCUCCAGCCAGACGGUUCUGAUAAUCCAAAUGGGAGGAUACACCAGAUCCAUCGAAAGUUUACAGACGUGGGUAGUGACAAGGCCACUGCUGUCAUAUUUGCUAAGGGGACAAACAUCCAGCCAAGACACUGUGUGAUUGGCUUAUCGCCCAAUGAUGGCAUUGUCACGGUAACACCAACCAGUGCGGAAUCCGAGACAUAUGUCAACAACCAGCGUGUGUAUGAGACAACAACGCUACAGAAUGGAAUGACAGUGAGGCUAGGAAAAUUCAACUACUUCCGAUUCCUUGAUCCAAAUUACGAGGAGAGAUUGAGAAAGGGGCAGGUCCUACCUCCAGGGCCCAUACAGAAGAGGGGAGGUCCAUAUAGUCCAAAACCACAGGAGACUAACUUUGAUGUGGACGGUAAGGUGGAAACCAUGGCUGAUAAUUCACCCAGAAGCAACGACCUGCCCAUGCAUGCUGAUCUCCAAAAACGGAGCCAAUCUGUCCAGAACAUGGGACCCCCUAGGGAGCCAGAAAGACCUCCUCCUCAGAGACGCAUUGACGAGGCCUUACCAGCAGCCCUGGAAUACAGAGAAGAGAAGGAGGACGGGUUCUUGACUUCUGUGAUACUUGACAAUAACUCCGGCACACAUUUUAAACUGGCGCCCACAUACACCAUCUACAUGGCACUGAGAUAUACUCUGUCCAACAACUACCGCCCCGACCUCAGCCCCUCCGAACGAGCCUCUAAGGUCACCAUGCUGGUUGCUAAAAUCUCCAAAAUGAUCCUGCAGGCAAUCCAGUCCAACUGUGAUAACCCAGCUACCUUGGCCUUCUGGAUGGCCAAUGCUUCGGAGGUGCUCCACUUCUUUAAGCAGGACCAUGACGUCCACCCGUUCUCUCUGGAUGCCCAGGAGACACUAGCCGAGUCGGUACAGAUGGCGUUCCAUCACCUGGUACGGUGUCUCCAGUACGACCUACAGAGGACCAUGCCUGCCUUCCUAGACGAGAGUGAUUCUGCUGAUGAUGACAUGAUGCAAGAAGAUCCCCGGUACAACAAAGGCAAGCCAACUUUGGGAGAUGUCCUCGACACUCUGUCCUCAGCCAUGAACCUCCUACGCCGUUGCCGUGUCAAUGCAGCUCUCACAAUCCAGUUGUUUUCCCAGCUAUUUCACUUCAUCAACAUGUGGCUAUUUAACAUUAUGGUCACUGGACACCACAGCGAGUUCUGUACACGUAGCUGGGGAGUCCGACUCAAAAGGAGGCUUGGACGUAUCGAGGCCUGGGCAGAGAAACAAGGACUGGAGUUGGCGGCCGACUGUCAUCUAUGUCGUAUUAUUCAGGCGGCACACCUACUACAAGCACCAAAGUCGAGCUCUGACGACAUUGCAGAUAUCAGCUCCACCUGCUUCAAGUUAAACUCGCUCCAGAUUCAGGAGCUGCUUCAGAGAUACAUACCAGAACCAGGCGAGCCUCCCAUUCCACACAGCCUCAUAGAAAGUGUCGUCUCUAUAGCACAGAACAUGGCCGACGACCUGACAAAGAAUGAUGGUCGUGAGGUUCAGCUGGAGGAGGACUCCGACUUACAGUUACCGUUCCUGCUACCAGAGGACGGCUACUCCUGUGAUACUGUCCGAAACAUUCCCAAUGGCUUGGCCGACUUCAUAGAACCCUUUGCCAGAGCUGGUUUGUGUCGUAUGGUGGCUCAGCCAGCAUCACGGGGGGAGUGGACGGUGUACAUGACCAGUGACGAACACAUGGUUGAUGAUGCUGUACAGAGAGGACCUUCCACACCUCAACAACCUCCAAGUGCAGAACCUCGCCAGUUACGACCACAGCUACCAAAGGAGCCAGAGGUCAUGACAGUGACCUUCAACAAGGUCAAUGGCAGCAUGGGACUUAGCAUUGUUGCUGCUAAGGGCGAGGGUCAGAAGGAGAGAGGAAUAUACAUCAAAUCUGUGGUGCAAGGGGGCGCUGCUGCUCUUGACAAACGUCUACAAGCAGGUGACCAGCUGCUGGAGGUGGAUGGCAAGAGUCUAAUAGGGCUCACACAGGAAAAAGCUGCUGAGUUGAUGACCAGGACUGGUCAGACUGUAUCCCUCAAAGUUGCCAAGCAAGGAGCAUUCUACCAUGGACUUGCAAACCUCCUCAGCCAGCCCUCACCUGUGAUGCAGAGAGCUGCCUCACCGAAGAAGUCUUCACGUCCACAGGAAGAGGGCCCACCCCCGUACAACGGUAGUGGCGAUAUGGAAAGGGGGCGCCACCAUCCUGGGCACCGCGACCAGCGCCAGGCGAUGAACACCUCGCACAGUCGCUCUUCACCCUCAUUGAACAAAUACAGGACGGGAGUGUCUCACAAAGACAUGGAAAAUAUUUAUGGAAGAAGUGCCCUCUGGAGGUCAAUUCUAGAAGCUGAUCUCCGUGAAGUGAAGGCAAAAGCAUCAGAGAAAAAGUUAGAAGAGUUGAAAGAAAAUUCCAAUUCGCGGAAUAUGAAAGUUUUAUCUCUUGCCCGUAGAACAAUCACGAGUCAGAGGUCACAGUGGGAUGAAUAUGUUAAUGCCGGAAGGUCACAAAUGUUGAAUAAUAAUAACGUUAAUGGUCAAAGGACACACAAAAAUAACUAUGUAAACGGUGUACAAUCUGAACCCAGUCCUAACAGAAAUAGACAGGAUCUACAGUCAGACGAUUAUUAUAACGGUUAUGCCGACGAUGAGAUGGAAGAGAAGAAAAAAGAUCUAAGGGUUGUACAGAAGGAGUUGAAAAAGUACAUGAGUCAGGGAUUUCGGCCAAGUGGUGUAAGGACACGUAUUCGCAGUAAAUCAAUCGGUGACCUUACUGACCUUAGCAGGUCAGAGAGACGGAAACACGAAAACUCUGUUCUGGAUAAGAAUAAAAACAAAGAAAGUGCGAACAAUGAGGAACAGCGGUCUCAGGACUUACUACGGAGUAAGACUGCUCAGAUGUUGUCCAAGCCUCAGAGGGCACGACCAGUCGAACAUGUGCGCCAUGUGAAUGGACAUAACACUGAUGUCAGUUACAAUAACUCUGUAAACAAAAGGGCACACCGGCGUGCCCCUCCUCCACGGCCGCGAAGUGUAGGGUCAAUCUCGGGCUUAAUUCGUGACCCAAAUAACAACCAAGUUAAAAAUGAUGAGUAUACACGGUUCAAGAAUUCCAUAAUGAUCAUGAACUCCUCGUCCAUUCCUUCCUUGGACAAUGGCUCUAGUUCAGUUCUCUCAUCGUCAUUAAGUUACGGCAGUGCUGUGUUUAGUGGACAACCAUACGAUCAGAACACGUCUCGCAGCUCUUCGUUGGGGUAUGGAAGUGAUCCUAAUCGCCAUGGUUGCGACAAGGGAAGCUACUCUCGUCACUCCCUGGCAACGCCUCAGUCUCAUUAUCAUGAUCAGUACUCGGAUCAUAAACCGAGGCAUUACUCAGACUCCUCCAACAGCCGAGGUCAGUCUGGGGCUCUGACUUCUAGUCAUACCGUAAACGGGUCGGUCAGUAGCUCUAAUGCCUCACUAAGGGGCCGGCCCGGGGUUAAUUUUAUCACAAGGAAUCCGCGCAGCAAACAUAUCACCUCUGCUCUGCAGUACCGUGAUGGAAUGGGGUCUGAACGCAUGAAGGCGACAUCAACAGGGAACCUACGGGAUCCCCAAGUGUCUCAAACCCAGCCCCCAAACCACCAGGAACGAGGCAUGCCACCAAGGGACAUGAGGGACCCAGGACUGAUGUCAAAGUCAAUCCCCAACCUUCGAAUGGACAAUUCUUUCGACAGCCGUGAGCAUCAGCAAGUGUCCCCUCAACAGAUGCGACCUGCUGCCUCGGUCGGCGCUCUACAACACGACUACUACAACCACAGUAUCGACAGGCGUGCUGACCCCAGGGCACACGACUAUGAGAACCAGCAGAGUCUUGACCCCAGGAUCAGGAAUGCUCCAGACCCUGGGAGAACAGACAGAGGGUAUCCAGAAGCAGCUCAAUCUUUGCCCCCAAAUAUGGGUUUGGCAGGAGGUAGGGGCCCUCCUUCAUCAAGAAAUUCUCAGUCAAGUUUCAGAGAUGAGAGGCCUCGGUCUGAAUAUUUUAGCCAUCCAGCUGAGCGAUUUGACCUACGGGAGGAGCGACCGAGAUCAAUGGAGAUCAAUGCUAACAAGAUUCAUGAGUGGCAGCAGAAGUACAAUAUGGACGACAACCAUUCACAACCUUCACCACAUGAGAGGAGUUUUGAAGGUCGUGACCCUAAUUAUGUGAAUACAUCACGCUCUCCACCUCACUCUAGUCCUGGGUAUGUGAAUUCAGGUGACAUUCCAAAAAUGAGUGCUAACAAUGAGGCACGUCAACCCAACUUUUAUGAAAAUACAGUGCCAAGACAGACAGAGCCACAACCAGCUUUCCAUCAGAUGAGAAAGCCACAGCUGGAUCAUGCACCGCAAGCAGCACCCAAACCCAUGGUGGCCACCAAACCGGCCUCCCGCGUGAUGCCAGUCGACAUUCCUCGUGUGGAAGCAGACAAUCGACAGUCUCAGCCACACUUCUUUGACCCAAGGUCACAGCAAGGACAUGCUUCACCAAAGCCUAUGAACCAGUCCAGCUACAUGGCCGGUCAGCCACAUAUGGUACAUUCCCCAGGGUACAAUGAUCCUCGUAAUGCCAGUCUUCAGCGGAAUCAAAAGUUUCCUCAAGCUAGAGAGGUGUAUAACCCACAUCAGAGCCCAGAACUGCCCCCUGCCCCUGUGGACAUUCCUCCCGAGCUUCCUCCCCCUCCUGCAGGUAUGGACAUGGAUGAUGACUUACCUCCCUUGCCACCACCUCCUUCCCAGGACUACAGGUCAGACCCUCACAUGCGUGAUGAUAUGGAUCAUCCCUAUGCAAAUCAAGGAGAUCCACGCUUCAGCAUGCCUCCCAAUAGUUACCAGUCAUACAACGCACCUCAUCAGCAACCUAAUUACUCCCAGCAUCACUUCCAGGACCCACGCCAAGAACAAUCCAUGAUGGCCUACUCAGAACCACAGCGACACCCCCCUCCCCAGCAAUUGCCACCGGCUAAACCACAACACAUUCAUCCACAGAGCUACCAGCCAAAUCACGACUACCAGAAUAUUAGCUAUGAAGGGCGCUCUCCAAACCGCUCUUUUGAAUCUCCGCCUCAGCAUUCGCCAAACCAAAAUGUUUAUGAGCCAUACGAAAACAAGACUGCUUCAUUACCUCCUGGUGUGGCUCCACAGGCCUUCAUGUCCCAGCCACCUAUGAAGAACACAACAGUGCCACGCAACAUGGCUGCACCACAGCAAUUCACUUCGCAAAGCAAAAACCGACUCGUGGCCGAAAUGUCGGAGCGUACCAAAGAGGGAAAGCCAGUGAGCUCUCCAUGGGAGCGCGACGAGAAGGAGAGGAUGGAGAAGGAACAACAACUGGAUAUGAAAAAGGCAAGGGAAGUUGAGAUUGGGGAUCUGGGGUCAAGAUCCUACCUGUCACCACAAGAGCAGGACAGGCUGAGAAAGCUGCGACUUGAACAGGAGUUCCAACGACGCGUCCAGGAAGUGGAGGGUCGUGGCGAGGACGAGGAAGAUUCUGACCAAGAUAUUACCAACAACACACAGGCGGGACGCGAGUUUAUGAUUAAAACAUUGAAGGAAGACAUCAUCAAGGCCCAGAAACGGAUGGAUGACUACAACCGUAAACGCAUGUUUGAGGAAGUGGAGAAGGAGAAGGAGCGCAAAGCAGUUUUGGAGAGGAAGCUGGACAUUUUCGAAAGAGAGAAAGAAGAGCGACAAGAAAGAAUUCGACAACGUCAGGAGAAGCGACAACGAGAACAGGAGGAAAAUCUCCGUAAACAAAAGGAGAUGAGAGAGAAGCAACGACAAGACUAUGAGGAACAGAAACGCAUCAUGGUGGCUGAGGAGGAGAAAGUUAGGGCAAGGAAAAUGGAGGAAAUUCAACGACAGAAGGAUAUUGAACGUGAACAAAAGAGGAAGGCACAAGAGGCUCGUGAUGCUGAGGAGAAGAUCCUGCGCGCCGAGGCCAGAAGACGUGAAGAAGAGUACCAGCGUCAGCAACAGGAACAACGGGAACGCGAACGUAGAGAGGCAAGCCGUGAAAUCACUGUUGGGAAUGAACGAAAACGCUUGGAGGUGUUGACAGUACAAACACAGCAGCAGCAGCAACAGUACCAGCCAUACGCUAACCUGCCCUCCCAGUAUUCUCCCCCGGACAGGUACACCAUCAACGUACCUCCUCCUCCUACUCGGGGCUCCUCGUACGAGGUCGCCACAAGGUCAAACGGUAGUAACCCCAAUAGUUAUGAGGCAGCGAACAGAUCAAACCCCAGUAUGGUGAACAGUUAUAAUGGAUAUAGAAAUAAUUCAACUGGUGGGAGAGUUCCUCCAGAACCAGCCUUCAAAAAAUCGGUGAAGUUUAACACACAAUUGGAGACACAGAUAAACACUUACAAUGAGGACCAAGGGCGGGGCAACUCGGUAUCAUCAUACCGGUCUUCUGUGUCAGACCAACACUCGCCAUCAUCUCCCAGCAUCAAUCCCACACCACUAGACAACAAUAACAGUAAUGCCUUUGUAACUCCUCCACAACCGAACCACAUAGAUCAAAAAUAUCGCACAACCGAAAACACACCGUCAGUGAUUGGAGCACAGGAAGUGUAUAGGGACCCACGGAGUCGGAUCAAUGCUCAAAAAGACGUUCAUAUCGGACAACCUUUUAAGAAAGGACAUGAAAAAAUGUCAUUCAGAGACAAAAUGAAAUUCUUUGCUGCAGAAGCAGGUGAAGAAACUCCAAAAUAUAAACCGAAAGCAUCGAAAACUCUCCGAAAUAUAGAAUCUCAACUACAUAAUGGGCAGUGAGGUCCUCAAUACAUCAAUGACCAGAGUGUGGGACACAGACUGACUGGUUGUUGGGAGAGAAACCCCGUCAUGUUGGGCUUCAGGGACUAAGCUUUUGGCCUUUCCCUGACAAGUGAAUAGAGAAGUUCACGGAUUCUCCCCAUGGUAGUAUGUUUGUGGAGACCCGACAGGGAUGUUUGAUUCAUUAAAAGUCGGAGGUUAUUUCUUCUAGUGUUAGGGAGAAUUGUGGUUAAGUGCUGGCCUACGGUGUUUUUGUGACAUUCAUUGAUGUAUACGGGCAUUAGGUUGUCUUGGAAACAGUACUUCACACAUUCUCCUGAUUGGAUUAAACCAUUUUCGGUGAAGUACACAAACUUUUGAUGUACUGCAGACAUGGAUUUCACAUAUCUCAUUAUAAUCAUCUAUCUAUGUCCAUUUAUAUCGUACUCAGUUUGUUAGGUUAGAUAUAAGGGCCAAUGAUUCAAAGACUGAUUAAUUUAACGACAACUUAUUAAAACAUUUCCAUUAUGUAAUGGUAUAUGUUAAAAAUGUCAAAAAUAAAAACUUAACCUGUAUGUAUAGAUUCUAAAUGGUCACUAAAAGACAAGAAAACAAAGUACAGGAAAAAUUGUAGUUAAGGUAUUUCUUGAACAGAUUUUGAAAAUUCUGGUAAAUGACACGUUAAAACUUUGAACAACUGGGCUUGGGAGUUAUGACCUAUUUACAUAUGAAAUGUUGUGCAAUUUUUUUCUCUUUAAUUUUUAAUAUUGAAACAAAUUUCAUUUAUUGAUAUAGGUUAUGAAAUAUGAUUUUGAUUUUGAAGUAUGAUUUGGGAUUAGCCGAUAUUAUAUGACAGGCUGUGAUCCUUCAGUACACGUUUUGAUAUUAGACUGUUCAUUCUGCUUUUGUCACUGUACAUAACACGGAGAGAAUGGUGCGUGUGUACAGUAUAUAGUCAUAUAUACUGGAACAUUAUGUGGUCAAGGAUUAACGGUGAGAGUUUUAUAUAGACAAAUAUUAUGCAGCUUUUUGUACCUAACUGUACAGAUAUUGUUAUUAUUAACAAAUCGAAGAGAUAUCACUGUUAUAAAGAUUGGCACAUAUCUACGGCUAUUGUACAUAGUUGUAAUUAUAAUUUGUUAAGUAUCUUAUACAUAUUACAUAGGAUGAGAAAAGGAACAAAUUAUACCCCACAUACGUGGAAACAGACCCGCAGAUGUGGACGGAAUGGGAGGUAUGUUAAUUGGUGCACCUCAUUACAAAUCAUAGUCCUGUGGUGUGAAAGGUGACGUGUUUUCAGUUUACCGUGAGCUGCGUCACAUUUUAUAUACAUUAUAUAUAUGGACAUUUGUAUAUAGCACAGACAUGUUAUGUACAUAGAAAGAGUUUUAUAUUUUGAUAAGGUUGGAGGUAUAGAAUAAUGUUAGUGAUAAUUAGUUUCUCAUCCAUUGGUCAUGCAAACUUGCAAGUAACUUGACUAGACAGGUAAGUCACAGGUAUCUAGAGACAGGUAAGUCACAGGUAUCUAGAGACAAGCAAGUCACAUUUGAUGUUACUUUAGACAGUUCUGCUCUCUCUUACCUAUAUCACAGAUCUGAUUCAACGAGGCUUAUUUUACCAUUUACCCCAACUCUACUAUAUAUUUCCAUUUUCACUGAUCAGUUCUCUAAAUAUGUACGAUGACUAUCAAAGCUCUGCUUAAUGGUGUCAUGUUUGUAGUCGAGUACUUAGCUAUGGAACUAAUAAUUCACUUAUUCUGAGCCUCGGAAUAAUGAAUACAUUCCAAUUUUAUCAUUCCAUAUCAUUCUCGGUUGUCAAAAAGUUUUCUGAGGUUUUUGUAAGUAAAGGCAUUUGUUGUUAUACAUAGCUACAGAAGUGCAAGUUGCUAAUAAAAUUGUAUUAUCUGAACAUUUGUUCUUUGAAAUGCAAUGUAUACCAGUGUCUAGAGUUACCGUUCCAAAUUUUUAGAAAACUACUCAACAUUUGUUAGGUUUCUGAUCAUCCUCCCUCGUACAAUCAUGGGGACACGUCUGAUGGCAUAAUUUGCAGCAAUUUACGGUCAUCAAUUGAAUUAAUUUAAAAUUAAUUUGACAUAAAUAGUGUGAAUAUAAAAUUUCCCAUAAUCAGGUGAAUAAAAAUUUCAAUGGUGCAUUUAAUGAAAGUGAAAAGUUUGCAGUUCUUGUUAAAUACAGCUGGUGGACCAAAGGCUUUAUUGAUUUUACAGAGUACACCAGUUCACUUAAAACAUUAAAAUUGUUUCCCUAUGAUUAUUUGUUUUCUUGUAAUUUUUUCCCAAUCUUUCUAGAUCUGUUAUCACUAAAACAAGUUUGUCAGUUACAACCUUUUGUAUUUGUAGUUUAACUCUAAAAUCCUGAUUAUUUUUUUAAAUGGAUUUCCAGCAACGUUGAGGAUUUUGUUUCACACUACAGUCGUAGUCUAUGGUUAAUCAGCCAGAAUCACAGGCAAAACAUAAAAAUGAUCCUUUGCACUAAAUUAAACAAAUGAUAUUAGCGAUGUAUUAAUUAUCACAUGCCCAUUUUAUCAUAAAAAAGUUUUCCAUUUAAUUAAAAUAUGAAUCCACCAGAUCAGUGAUAGUAUGUUAAUUGCAUUGUCCAAUGUCAUAAUACAUAUCCUCAUAUCAAAUUUGGUUGUGCCUUACUCAUUCCAGGUUGUGAAUCAAAUGAAACCUGUCCAUUAUAGACAGUUAAGAUUGUAACAAAUGAUGGCUACUAUAUAUUAUUUGUAGAUAUUCUAGCCUAGGCUUUUUUCCUUUGUACAACUCUCUCCUUUCCAUACAUUGCUGGUAUUGGUGUUGUUCAUUUUCUGGGCAUCAAAGUAAUCUUAGAGAUGUUUUCCUUCUGAAAUACUUACUUUCAUGGCCAACCUCUUGCUGUAAAGGCAUCAAAGGGAGGUAAUGUGUGUGCUGUGCCGAAAUAUGUUGUUUAUGAAUAAGCCUUUCUGUGACAAGCAAAACUAGAAAUUUGCUAGAGGCCGUUACAGUGUUAAUCAUGGGGAUACAGUGAGUCGCUUGUUUAUGUGUUUUCCCUACUGACGUCCUACCAGAAUGUAGGUGUGACCGAACUCUCUAAGACUACAUACUGUGGCCAAGUUUGUAGACUUUUUAUUUGCUGUAAUGCAUCGUAGUAUUUCAUUGCAUGCACCUGUAAUCAACGCUAAGCAAUAAAUUAACAUAUAUAACAACAACUCAA